AUGGCGAUUGGGCUAAAGCGGAGCUUCACCCCGGAAGACUGUGGCCUCACGGAUGCUGCCUGCCCGGGCUCACCGGUGCCUUCGGGGGAUCAUGCCGCUUGCUCCGAGAGCCUGGUCUUCAAAGCCUCCUGCUUCAGUGUUCAGGAGGAGAUAGAGGCACGAAUUGGCCUGAACAUGGAUCGCAAGAAGCUUCCCGGUAACUACACCCUCUUGGCCUCUGAGACUGGCGUCUGCACGAAGGCCAGUCGAGCAACGAGCCCAUUUGCAGACCCAGGCCCCUUCACGGACCUCUUCGGAUUUCGGUAUGUGACGGACGGGUCGGACUGCCACGUUUUGGCGUGCUCGGAGAGUCAGGUCAAGAGCUUGUGCGACUUCUCUACAAACUUUUGCAAUCUGUUCAACCUCUACUGCAACGAAGCCGAUGGCUGCGAGAUCGUCCACAGCAACCUGGAGCACGACCCGGCGCAGUUCGACCAAAGUUGCGAUCACACGGCCAAGUGUGGUGGCUAUGAGACGCUCGCGGCUGAAUGCACUCGUCGAAAGAUGCGCGGUGCCGUGAGCGCACAAGAGUCUCUGGGAUCGUGUCAAAAGCGCGAGGGCCUUAUCCGUGGCUACACCGUGGAGGGCAACAGGAUAACGAUCUUACUGAAGCAUUACCAGGGGGCGCCCGUGAUACGAAACAUCCGUGUCGUGUCCAAGCCAAGCUGGCUCCUGUACAACACUGGUCUUUGGAUUAUGCAGACUCCAGUGGGAGUCGUUUCACAUCGGGACUGCAUCGAGAUGGGUAUUGGUGGCAAGGUGAGCUUCUUGGCCGCGCUGACAUGGCUCCUGCCUCUGGCGCCACAGCAAGCGACAGCACAGGUCUGUGAAAGGGCCUUUCUGUCCGUUCCAUUCUUGAGCCGCUUCAUGGCAAACUUCAGCGGGUGCAGCUGUGCAGUGGCGGUGAGGGUGGUGGCGCCACGCAACCUCAAAGAGGAGUUCCAGCAAACUGGCGGCAGGAUCGAUGGAUCCACGGCCACCUUCGGAGCCCCGUUUUACGGCGACAGCUUCCUAGGGCGGCUCGUGUAUGGUGACUCCAAGGGGGAGUUGCACUGCACGGAUGGCGAUUACGACGUUCCGGAACCUUCGGAGUACACUCCCGAAGGAAAAAGCUACAAGGAGGUCUCGCUCAUCAACAUUGUGCUUGUGGAGCGGGGCGGCUGCUCCUUCGUCACGAAGGUGAAGGUAGCGAGGCGCAAGCAUGCGCAUGCGGUGAUCAUCGUAGACAAGAAGGAUUCCACGCUGACUUCCCAAGACAUUCGCAACAUCAUCGUCGCCGAUGACGGCUACGGUUCGAACAUUAACAUCCCCUCGGUCCUCAUCUCGCGUCAGGCUGCUAUGCUGUGCUACGCUGAAGCUGUUUCCGCUUUCCAUCCAUUGCAGUCGCUCUCGAUUUCCAUCAGCGGUUUUCCCAAGAUGCUCAGAGUCAGAUUUCGUCGGAUCGAGCGGAAAAGCGAGGCACUCUACAACGGCACCACCAUGCAAGAUACCAACUAG